CAAGCGGAACCCAAAGCCCAGCCGCGCCCACGCCAAGGCCGCCCACGCGCGCGUCCUUGCCGGCGGCCUCGCCGCCGACACCUUCCUCCUCAACCGCCUGGUCGAGCUCUACUCGCUCUCCGGCCUCCCGCGCGACGCUCUCCGCGCCUUCCGCACCCUGCCCCACCCCAACGCCUACUCCUACAAUGCGGCGCUCUCGGCGGCCAGCCGCGCGGGCGACCUCGAUGCGGCCCGGACGCUGCUCGACGAAAUGCCCGAGCCGAACGUCGUCUCCUGGAACACCGUCAUCUCCGCGCUCGCGCGGUCCGAGCGCGCGGGCGAGGCGCUGGGCCUCUACGAAGGGAUGCUGCGGGAGGGCCUCGUCCCGACGCACUUCACGCUCGCCAGCGUGCUCAGCGCUUGCGGCUCCAUGACCGCGCUCGAGGACGGGAGGCGCUGCCACGGGCUUGUGGUCAAGGUCGGGCUUGAAGAGAACCUGUUCGUGGAGAACGCGCUCGUUGGCAUGUACACCAAGUGCGGCAGCGUCGGGGAUGCUGUGCGGCUGUUCGACCGGAUGGCUCGCCCGAACGAGGUGUCGUUCACGGCGAUGAUGGGAGGGCUGGCACAGACCGGGUCCGUGGACGACGCGCUCAGGCUGUUCGCGAGGAUGUGCAGGAGUGGGGUUCGUGUUGAUCCUGUGGCAGUGUCAAGUGUUCUAGGUUCGUGCGCACAAGCUGGCGCCAGCGAGUUCAACCUUGUUCGUGCAUUCCAGCUUGGGCAGUGCAUUCACGCUUUGAUCGUCAGAAAAGGCUUUGGGGCAGACCAGCAUGUGGGGAACUCCUUGAUCGAUAUGUACACCAAGUGCAUGCAAAUGGACGAGGCUGUCAAGGUGUUCGACUCAUUGCCCAGCGUCAGUAUUGUUUCUUGGAACAUCCUUAUAACUGGAUUUGGCCAGGCGGGCAGUUAUGAGAAGGCUUUGGAAGUAUUGAACGUGAUGAUAGAGUCGGGCUCUGAGCCCAAUGAGGUCACUUACAGUAACAUGCUCGCGUCCUGUAUUAAGGCGAGGGAUGUUCCAUCUGCUCGUGCAAUGUUCGACAAUAUAUCAAGGCCGACUUUGACUACGUGGAACACACUUUUGUCUGGUUACUGCCAGGAGGAACUGCAUCAAGAAACAAUUGAGCUGUUUAGGAAAAUGCAGCAUCAAAAUGUGCAGCCUGACCGAACAACUCUGGCCGUGAUCCUCAGUUCAUGCUCAAGAUUGGGGAAUUUGGACCUUGGAGCACAAGUUCAUUCUGCUUCAGUAAGACUCCUGUUGCAUAACGACAUGUUUGUCGCUAGUGGUUUGGUCGAUAUGUAUGCAAAAUGUGGACAGAUUAGUAUUGCCAGGAGCAUUUUCAACAGGAUGACAGAGAGAGAUGUGGUGUGUUGGAAUUCCAUGAUCUCAGGUUUGGCUAUCCAUUCUUUCAACAAAGAGGCCUUUGAUUUCUUCAAGCAGAUGCGACAAAAUGGAAUGAUGCCCACAUCCUCCUCCUAUGCUACCAUGAUUAAUUCAUGUGCAAGACUUUCUUCCGUACCUCAAGGUAGGCAGAUACAUGCACAAGUUGCGAAAGAUGGUUAUGAUCAGAAUGUCUAUGUGGGUAGUGCCCUGAUUGAUAUGUAUGCUAAAUGUGGCAACAUGGACGAUGCACGCCUUUCCUUCGACAGCAUGGUGACUAAGAAUAUAGUUGCAUGGAAUGAGAUGAUACAUGGAUAUGCUCAGAAUGGUUUCGGAGAAAAAGCCGUUGAACUAUUUGAGUAUAUGUUAACUACAGAACAGCGGCCAGAUAGUGUCACUUUCAUUGCCGUCCUAACAGGAUGUAGUCACUCCGGGCUCGUAGAUGAAGCCAUUGCAUUCUUUAAUUCCAUGGAGAGUACUUACAGAAUUACACCACUGGCUGAGCAUUACACUUGUCUCAUAGAUGGAUUGGGGCGAGCGGGUCGGCUUGUUGAAGUGGAGGCACUAAUAGAACAGAUGCCAUGCAAAGAUGAUCCUAUUGUGUGGGAAGUUCUACUUGCUGCCUGUGCUGUACAUCACAAUGCUGAAUUGGGGGAAUGUGCCGCGCAGCACCUGUUCCACCUUGAUCCAAAGAACCCAUCACCCUAUGUUCUCUUGUCAAACAUAUAUGCUUCCUUAGGCCGACAUGGGGAUGCAUCAGGCAUUAGGGCAUUGAUGAUUAGCCGUGGAGUUGUCAAAGGUCGUGGAUACAGCUGGAUAGAUCACAAGGAUGAUGUUCGUGCCUUUAUGGUUGCUGAUGAUCUUCAGACGGUCAGUGGAGAAUCAAAAAUGUUCAGCAAUCAAGAGAGUGCUGCUGGGGUUACAGAAGUACACCAGAAAGAGACAUGUGCUGGUUGAUUUGGGCUUUUUGAUAUCAGACGCACUGGUGAAUCUGUUUCAGUGAUAGCUGAAUUCAGUAGUGCCACUUUUGUGCAAUUUGCUUGAGAGCCUCAAGCUUUACUGUUGUAUGUAGCUUCAUGUGUCUGGAAGAUGGGAAACACAGCCUGAAGGUUCAGUAGAAAGAAUAUGCAAGACAGGAAUGGGUUGCGUUGCAGAUUAGGUGCUAAUGAAAUUAUAUGCUCGGUUCAUGUCAUUACGUGGUGCAGAGCUUCAUCUUGAUGAGCAUGCACUACGAUGAGUUGUGCAUUUGAGAGCGCAAAAGCAAUUGUUGUCCGGUUAUACGAGGGGAGAAGCAUUGGUGCACCAUCAAUCAUUUGGGAGAAGACUAGCAUUGUCAUAUUCUAGCCUUUUGUGGUUAUCCAAGUAUAUAUUAUCUAAUAAUGAUAUCGGCACUAUACCCACCUCAGGGAAUUGAACACAUUUAGCUCCAGGAGAUGCAACAAUACAGAGGGGGGAAAGGCUCUUCUAGGUAUAUGACUUUGGUAUGCUGCAAUGUGGAACUCUGUAGCAAAAUCCUCAUUGGCGGGAUGAUAACGAGGCUGAUGCACCCCUAGGUGGGAAAAGAACCGGCGAUGGUCUUUGGCAUCCACCGUGUGUGUUUUGUGUUCCAUGACGAAGACCGCUGUUGUUCCUUCCGCGACAGUGUUCGAGUCUGAACAUGGUUAACUCGGAUUUGUUGUUCCUGUCUAUACCAUCUAUUUUUUUUCCCCAUAGGAUUAUCAUAUUCACAAGUGUGGCCGGUUCCUUUUGUAAUACUUGUGUUUGUUGUCUACAUCUUUCUGAACUAA